CGUCAUAUGCAAAAAAUAAUCAUAAGACUUGUUGGUCACACUCACACACACACACACAAAACCUAAGUUUAUCAACCUUAGCAAUUGCAUUUUGUAACUCCAAUGAAUUCAAUUGAAUCCUUCCAUGAUGUUCAGAGAAAUGUUUUUUACAACCAAAUAUCAUACUUUGCUUUCAUGUUGCUCACAAGAAAAGAAGUUCAAUUAAUUAUAUACUUCAUCAUUAUUAUCUUUCGGUUAUCAUCUCAUCUCACUUUUAAGAAUGAAUGAAGAGUCUUGUGUUGACACUCAUCAAGCAUCUGCACCUUCUUCUUUAGCAGCAAACCCUCUUGAUAAUCCAUCUUCUUCCACUUCUCCAUCAUCUACUUCUCAGUUGCAAGCAGAGGAAACCAACCAUGGAGGUGCAAACAAUGACAUCCAACACAACCAAGAACGAGUGACCACCAGGUCUUAUUGGAUCCAUAUUUCAAACACAAAUUCAUCAAUGGUUUCCACGUGGGACAUUGUUCAGUCUUGCAUCACUGUGAUAGUGCCAUUCUGGGUAGUUGCAUCCUUUGCUCUUGCUCUUGGUAUUUAUGGGUCUGUAAGUUUACAAUUGGGACCCCACUGCUCACGUUUGAUAAAAAUCAACUCAAUGUUAGUGCAGUCUAUAAAGGUGGAACAAAUUGAUAAGCCAAAACCUGGUCUAAUGCUCUAUGGUUUUGAUGGAACUCCUCCACUAGAUGUGAAAAUCAACUGGACUGAGAUGUAUAAUGCAUCGUUACCAGCAAAAUUUCAGAAGGAAUGGAUGUUUUACCUGAACAAAGACUCCCAAUUGAAAGUUUUUUACAGUGUUAAGUCUCCACUAGCAUCUUUAUUCCUCGUAAUUGCUAAAGGAAGAGAAGGCCUUUUUGAGUUGAAAGAAGACCCAUUAUUCUCUAAUGCAACAUUGUACUGGAAUAUUAUCUAUGGAAGUGGCAGCAUCACACAAAAAAUAUCACAUUCAUUUGCUUAUUAUGUGGCAGUUGGCAAUAAGAACCUUCAAAAUGUGGAGGUAGAAUUGAACUUCACUUUAAAUUCACUUCUCUACAAUACAACAAGCACGAACCAUAGAUGUUCUCUGGAUAACGGCUCAUGUGUAUUAAACCUUGUUCUUUUGGAGUCAGACACUGCUCUAUUAACAACUCCAGGUCUUAGAGAGGGUGAUUCUGAUGAAGAAAUGUUUGAUGUGAAUGUGUCUUAUGAACCCAGAUGGAUCAUAUAUUUCAUAGGAUCAGGUGUGGUAGCUGUGCUACUCUUACUUGCCCUGAAAUUCUUCAAAAUGUUCCAAGCAAAUGGUGAUGAAGAAAGGGAAGGAUUCCAACAAGUGCAAGUGAUUUCAGAACAAACUCGAUUGCUGCCUACUAAAGAUGAUGAUGAUCUUUCAAGUUGGUGUUCAUCUUAUGAAUCUCUCUUUAAUGAGGAAGAGGAUAUUAAACUGUGGCUUGCAGAAAAUUCUAUGGAAGGAAAGUCAUCAAGGGAAGGGGAAACUAGCAAUGAUCUCAAGCAUUUGUGUGUCAUUUGCUCUGCUGCCCCAAGGGAUUGCUUCUUUCUCCCAUGUGGCCAUUAUGCAACAUGCUUUGCAUGUGCAACAAGAAUUGCUGCAGAAGCUUGCACAUGCCCCAUAUGCCAGAGGAAAUUGAAGAAAGUGCUGUCCCAAAAGAUUGGCAUACAGAUGUAGGAUACAGUAAUGCAUAGCUUGUUAAUUGCUGAUACGUUCUAGGCACAUCCUUGUUCAGUAAUUUCGAUUGUUUUCCAAAUUUUUGGUUUAAUUAUUUAUUUUUUAAUUAUAA